AAUGUUUUGAAGGUUAAUACGCGGGCACACAAAAAAAAGAGGUCUUCGUCCAUUGGAUUUACACCUUUCACUCUCCUCCGAUGGGUUAAUGGUUGCUAUUUACAUACACACAAAUCGGGCCAAGAGAUCUUCAUCUCCAUUCGCGCCUCAUAAUGAGACCUCAAACUUGGCAUUGGUAUUCGGAAUUCUCUUGUGAAAACAAAAGAAAUCGAUACAACGACUAACUUUUGACGUAUAUUUAUGAAAGCCAAUUAAAGUCAAGUGUCAUUGAUCAGAUCUGGGAACGGAACUGGGAACUGGGAUCUGGAUCUAUCUAUAUAUCUAUAAAUAUUUAUGCCUGCCGUAUAGAACCUGCUUCCCGCGAAGACAAAAACGGGAAUUAGAAAUGUGGUCUGCAUAAAUUUGGGUCUUAAAAAUCAAUUAAAGCAAACGCUACUGACGACAGCCAAAUAAUUUCUAAGAGGGAUAAAGCUGCUGAUGAGCCUCUAAAUCAGAUUUCAAACAAACUUAAAAGGUUAACUAGGAAGUGAGCGGAUCGCACAGCUGCUAAGUGGAGUGCUGAAGACAAGAAGUUGAUGGCGAUGAUGAUGGCGAUGAAGAUGAAGAUGGUUAAAUAUGUACACAUUUCCGUGCUUGAGUCACCGGAAAAUUGGCGCGUCAUCGGUUGAGAAUUUCUGUCCAGAAAUUGUAUUGACAAGUGAACGAGAAGAGGUCACCCUUGGAGUUGGACUGUACCAGCUGUGGUUGCUGCCAAGAUUGGAUCAAUCCGAUCAAAAGUGGCCACAAUGCGGAUACAGAAUACAGAAUAUAUGGAAAAGUAUACAGUUACAUGCGUGGGGCAACUUGAUCACCAGACAUCAUUUAUAUAUAUAUACUUAUAUAUCGCCCUCUCGACUCGUCAUCGCGACAACCUUGAGAUCGGCGUCAUCAUCGUAUCGCAUUCGAGAAGCAGCUAUAAAAUAACGACCAUAUAGAUACACUGUCCAAUUUGUAAGUAAUAUUUUGUGGCUGAACUACAGAAAAACUUGGAUCUUUUAUAAACUCGCUCUUUGAAAUCAUCCUCCUCUUGGGUUGUUCCACCAAGUCAUUGACACUGGAAUAUACUAAUUUACAAACAUUGAUAAAUAGCAAAAGUACCCGAUCAUAAAGAGUAAAACAAUGCAAAUCGGAGACACCAAGCCAUCAGAUGACGACGAUGCUGCUGACCAGGCCAGCACGUGACCGAGAGAGCAGCGAUGGCUCAUUAAGUCCGCUAGCCGGUUUCGACUGCUCGAUCAUUCGGCUCCGCGCACCUUGUUGGCCAAUUAAGCCGAAGCGAAAUGAUGAGACCCACUGCAUGAGGAUGAGGCUGCAUCACAUCCUGUGGCCAGGUGGCGUCAAGGUCAGGUCAACACGAAAACACUGAAGACCCGUCGGCUAGGAUGAGAGUAAAAUUUACGACCGCCUUUUAUUGGCGACUCUGCUGCGAGCCAUUAAAAAGUGAACUAAUGAGACACUUAGUGGGCCGGAAUCGUGGCCUUUGAGGAGGGGGUACCAUUUUAAUGGCCAAUUUGACUUAGAUUGCGGCCAAUUCAAUGCGAAGCGGCGCACAUUGAUGGCCCAAACAGACUGCAAAUUACGCCAAGACAGCCCGGCCACCGAGUCAGUCUUCAAUUGCAUACAAAUGUGGAUCACUGCACUUGGAAAAAUUGAUAGAGGCUAAAACUUGGUAUGCUAUAUCAAUAGUUUUGAAAGAAAUGUAUGGAAAUACUCUUCACUAAAUACUGAAAGUUAAAAUUUUCAAAUAAAAUAAAAUAUUUAUGCUUUCAAAUCAGAUUAUCAUCUUCUAUAUACCAAAGCUCAAACAUUUGUCCAAGUGCAGCCGAAAUAUCCAAGCGACAACUUGGACAACUUCCGACAGUCCAUUGGGCAAUUGAAGGCGGAGCACGUCUUGCCCAAAUGGCGAUCAUGUAUGCUACUUGGCACUCGACCAGGUGGGCCAGCUAAAGAAGAAGCGACCAAAAGUCGGCUCAGACAGAAUGUCCCCCAAAGAGCACGGAUAUGGGCACGAGCUAUAUAAGCCACUGGGCUGGCUCCAAAUGAACAUUAUCGCUCAAGAGCUUUAAACAAACCCAACCACAGCAAUAUGUACAAGUUUUUGGUUCUCGCUGCCCUCAUCGCCUGCUCUGCGGCCAAACCAGGAGUUGUAGCUCCACUGGCUGCUCCUCUGGCUGCUCCCCUGGCCUACGCCAAUGCUCCUCUGUACGCCGCAGGUGGCAGCAGCCAGGUGGAUGUCCGCAACAACUACGACGGUACUCUGUCCUCCUACACCACCGCUCCGUUCGAGUUCGCCGGCCCCUACUCCAGCCGCUAUGUGUCCGGAAUCCCAGCUGCCCCCGCCGUGGUGGCCAAGUACGCUGCUGCUCCUCUGGCCGCCGCCUACUCUGCUCCUCUGGCCGCUGCUCCCGUCGCUGCUCCUCUGGCCGCUGCUCCCGUUGCUGCUCCUCUGGCCGCUGCUCCCGUUGCUGCUCCUCUGGCCGCUGCACCCUAUGCCGCCGCCGCCUACUCCGCCUAUCCCUAUGCCUCGCCCUACGCCGCACCCUACCUGGCAUCUCCCUACGCCGCUCCCUACGCCGCCCCCUACGCUGCAUCCUAUGCUGCUCCCAUCGCCGCUGCUGCCCCAGCUCCAGUGGUGGUCUAAGGACACACCUGUGAAGCAGGCCAAACUAUAGACAAUUUUUGUAAAAAAAAAACCUGAUAAUAAAUUACGACCAAACAAUUA